AUGGCCAGUGACGACGAUAAAGCCGUUGAGAAGGCAGGUGAUGGUGACGUUGAUAUGGCAGAAAAGCCGGAAACAUCAGAUUCAGAGUUAGACGAAGGCGGUGACGGUAAAAAUGCGACCAAUGACCCGAAAAAAGAGGAUUCGGACGAUGACAGCGAUGGCGAUGAUAGCGAGGAUGACGAUAGCGAAGAUGAGAAAGAAGCAGCGGAGGAGGCGGAGCGAAAGGCUCUGAUUGACCAAGUCAAAGCGCGCAUCGCAUCGAAUCCAUACGACUAUCAGGCUCACGUUCAGCUGAUAUCCCUGCUGCGCCGCAGCAGCAUGCUGGAGGAGCUGCGGGCAGCGAGGGAGGCAAUGAAUACGCUGUUUCCGCUAUCGCCUGCCAUGUGGCAGCAGUGGGCUCACGACGAGACCCGCCUCAUUGCCUCAGAUGCUGACGUGGCCAAGGUGGAAGCUCUGUACAAGCGUGGAGUGGAGGAGUACGUGUCACCUUCCCUCUGGCAGGGAUACCUGGCAUUCCUAGCAGCCCACCACCCCGCCAUCACCACACACACCCCCGACGGUCUCAAGCUUUUCAGAGCCACAGCAGAGCAAGCCCUCUCCCAGGUCGGGCUGCACCUGGGGGAGGGCGCAUCUGUCUGGGGGACUUUCAGGGGAUUCGAGAUGGAGGUUUUGCGGAACACGGAGGGGGAGGAGGAAAAGACGAAGCAGGCCGCCCGGGUGCGCGGGCUGUUCCAUCGCCAGCUGGCGGUGCCUCAUUUGCAGCUGCCUGCCACGCUGGCAGCGUACCUGGCUUGGGAAGAGGAGGAAGGCGGCGAGAAGCUUCCUACACCUUCCUCUGAGUCGUCUUCCGACAUCGAGAAGCUUCCGGGAAGCGUCAAGGCAGCGUAUUUGAAAGCGGAAAGGAUGGUGGGGGAGAGGAGGGGGGUGGAGGAGAGGGUCGAGAGGCUGGAAGGGGAGAAGAGGCGAGUGGAGGAAGAGGGGGGUGCUGCAGCAGCAGGGGGAGGGGAGAAGGGAGGGGAAGGUGGUGGGAGUGGUGGUGGGAGUGGUGCUGCUCCUACAUUUGAGAAGACAGAUGAGCUCAUGCAGGCAUACACGGAAUAUCUGGCACUGGAGGCAGCCAGUGGGGACAUGCCACGUCAGCAGGCCAUGCAUGAGAGGGGGGUCACGGGUCUGCCUGUGGUGUUUGACGUGUGGCUCAAGUACAUUGACCUCGUUGACCAUACGCUCAAGGUGCCUUCUGUAGUGCGCUCAGUUUAUUCCCGGGCAGCCCGAAACUGCCCGUGGGUGGGCACUCUUUGGACGCGUUAUCUGCUUGCCCUUGAGCGAUUGGGAGCUGCUGAUGCUGACGUGGCAGAGGUCUUUGAAAAGGCCCUUGUGUCCGGAGUCCAGUCCGCAGAAGAGUACUUUGACAUUUUCCUCACCCACCUGGACGGCUUGAGGCGUCGCCUCAUGCCUCUUCCUGAGCCCCCCAAGGGCGCUUUUAAAGGAGCAGCUCUUAGCGAGGAUGAGAAGUCGAAGCUGGUAGCCACCCUGCGAGCAACCUUUGAGCGUGCAGCUGAGUUCAUGGCCUCGUACUUCCCCGACCACCAGCAAGCCCAGCUGCACCUUGCAGGGUACCAGGCGCACAUUGAAUGUCAGCUGGAAAAGGCAGGAGAGGGGGCAUCUGGGGGAGGUGCGACUGGAGCGGCAGGAGAAGCUGCCGGAAGGGCCAUCUGGGAGCAAUUUGUGAAGAAGCACGGCUCCUCUCACCAAGCCUGGCUGGGCUUCACUCAGUUUGAGACGGAGAGGGGGUGCUACAACCAGGCUCGGUCAGUCUUCCGCCGCUGCUACAGCCGGAAGUUUGACUCUCCCUCAGGCACAGAGGAGGUGUGUUCUGCCUGGAUACGCUUCGAGAGGGAGUGGGGAACACUAGGGGACCUCGAUCUCGCAUCAGAUAAGGUUGCCCCUCGCUUGGCUGAAGUGGCAGCCUAUCGUACACACGAGGAUCAGGCACAGCUGUACCAACAGCACCGGCAGCAGCAGCAACAGAAGCAGCAGCAGGAGCAGAAGCAACAGCAGCAGGUGGAGCAAGGGCAUGAGACCAGGGAGCUGCUGAAGGGCUGUCCAUCCACGACUCGGGACGAGAUCCUGGAGCUGCUGAAAGAUUGUGGCGAGAUUCGGGACGUGCGGAUGGUGUUCAACCACUCCACUGGGCAGUUCCGGGGCUUCGCCUACGUGGAGCUGGGCAGUGCAGAGGCGGUGGCAGCAGCAGAGAAGCUCAACAGGACGCCAAUGAGAGGGCGCCAGGUAUGUAGCUCCUUCUUAUACCCUCCUACCCAAUUGCCCACUCCCUUUCCUGUCCUUCCCCUCUUUCCCUCACCGCUCCACUCCCCCCCCACCCCCCUCUCGCUCGCCCCCCUCCCCCCAAAUCUUCCCACUCCCCUCCUUGCAGCCUACCAUCCUUCCCACCGAGGCGGCAGAGGCGGGCGGGGAGGCCGCGGCUUGCAGCCUUUGUCAGCUAGUGCCAGGCGGGGGGGUCAGCUGCAGCUGAUUGGCUCGCCAACCUUUGCCAUGCCACGGGCUGUGGGACAAGCCCUGGGGAGAGGUGUGGCUGGAAGGGCAGGGGGGAGAGGAGGGGGGAGAGCAGGGGGGAGGGGUGGUAUGGGGAGAGGACAGCAGGGGGGAGGCGGUGCGAAGGGGGAGGAGAUGGGUGGAGGGGGGGGAGGAGGGGGAGAGGCGAAUGGGGAGGCGGGAGGAGAUGGUGCGACAAAACCGGGCAUCCGUGCGCGUUCAUCGAGUUCGCAAGCAUGCGACGGCGACGACGGUGAUGACGUGGACACGAGUGCCUUCUCCUCUUCCGGCAACGGCGCGCUUCACCGCGUGGGCGGCUUGGCCGCGGUGACUGCUGACGUGUCACUCGGGGACGCACUUGACGAACUUAGCGGCGGCCCGGAGGAGCGGCUCGGCGUGAACGGGCGGCGAUUAAAGUUCAAAUUGGGCGGCUCGGAGGAAGCUUCGUCGGAGCUUCUUGGGGCGGCGGCUAAGGAGGUUGAGAAAGGGGUAGAGGCGGUGGGAUCCGCGGCGCUUAAAACGCGGGAGACGGAGAGAUCGGUGGAGAGCGAGGAAGAGACGAAACGAAAGAUGAGGAUAUCCCACGGCCGAAUCAUCUCGGUUCUACUCUUCCUCGCCCUCCUCUCAACGCUCCUCCUCGUCGACUCCUUCAUCUGGCGCCUCAUCCGCCGCCCCCUCGCAGCCUUCUUCCUCACAAUUCCCUUCCUAGCCGCCGCCGCCACGUCAGCAUACGCGGGCGCCAUCGCCAUCCCGUUCCUGCGCUCGCUUAAAGCCCAGCAGGUGGUGCGAGAGGAGGGCCCCGCCACGCAUGUGACUAAAGCGGGGACGCCCACUAUGGGGGGGCUGUUCUUCGUGCCGCUGGGUGUGCUUGUAGCGAGGGUGGCGACUGGGAGUCCGCCUGAGCUGGCAGGGGUGACAGCGGCAACGGUGGCGACGAUGGCGGUGGGGGCGGUGGAUGAUGGGCUGUCUCUGGCCAAGAAACACAACUACGGGCUUACACCGAUGGGGAAGCUGGGUCUGCAGGUAGCAAUAGGUCUGGCACUCAGCUACUGGUUGCACGGGGCAAAUCUUCAAUCGCCCUAUUCCAUGAAGAAUAUAGUGCCUUUUCCACAGCCAGUCGGUCUCUGGUACUUUGGCAGGUGGUAUGUGCCGGUAACGGUCUUCUGUGUGGCAGCAAUGAGCAACGCUGUCAACCUCACAGAUGGUCUUGAUGGGCUGGCAGCCGGCACCACUGCCAUUGCAUUCAUUGCUAUGGCCAUUGCCUGCCUUCCCAUCUACCCUGCCAUGGGGGCGUUUGGAGCAGCGAUGGCGGGGGCGUGCAUGGGGUUUCUAGCGCACAACCGGCACAAGGCGGCAGUGUUCAUGGGAGACACGGGCUCCUUGGCUCUCGGGGCGGCGCUCGCUGCAAUGGCUGCCACCACCGGCCUCUUCUUCCCUCUUCUUAUUGUGUCUGCUGUUUUCUUCCUCGAAACAGUUUCGGUCAUGCUACAGGUCUCCUUCUUCAAGCUCACCAAGCGGAUCACGGGCACCGGGUUGAGACUUCUCCGCAUGGCGCCCUUCCACCACCACCUGGAGCUCUCGGGCAUGGCGGAAACCACCGUUGUCAUGCUCGCGUACAUUGCCACGUUCCUGGCUGGAGCUGCAGCAGUCUGGGUGGCGUUGAUUUCAGUUUGA